AUGGCGCCCGUCAGUGCAUACGCGGCCCGCGAGGCGCGCAGGCAGGCCGAGGCUCAGCAAAGCACUCCGAGACGGCCGUCGGGAGCAGCGGCAAACGGCAAGGAUGCCAAGCAGACUUCGACUUCCACGCCUUCCCGAUCGUCACGCAGGGCUUCUUCAGGCAAACACGCUACUUCGUCGCAGCAGGAUGACGCAUCGGGCGUGGAAGUGGUGAUCGCGCCCCUCACACCUUCACAGACCCUCUCGCUCGAGGCCAGCUGGCGCGCAGCUGCUGCAACGCCAGCCAAAGCCAGCCGUGCUGACCUUUCCUCCGCCUCCAAGCGAGCGCGACGAUCCUCGACGACCCAGCAGCCGGACUCGGUUGCUGCGACACGGCCAAGGAGGAACUCGGUCGCCAGUGCAACCGAGCGAACGCCAAAGUCCGCAAAGCAAGCUAUCGCUAGCAGCACCACACCGCAGAAGAGCACACCGGGUCGACGGGCCUCCAAGAGCAUCUCUGCGGCUGCCUCGACCUCAUCCACGCCUGCAUCGUCGAGCAAAAAGCGCAAAUCGUCCGGCGCUUCCGCUCGGGACCAGGCCGAGGAUGAGCUGGAGCAGGCGGUGCAGGAAAUCAUUGACGAACUCCGGCUCGGAAAGGCCGACGACAGCGACUCUGAGUCGGAACAGCCGCCGCCGCGCAAGAAACACGCCGGGCGAGCUGCGUCUGUCCCCAAAUCCAAGGCGGAUCAGGCCGAGUCAUCCCAGGCCGCAUCCUCUAAGCCGUCCGCAUCAAAGCGCACUACCGCCGCAGCCACGCCUGCAAAGACCACGCCCAAGGGUAAGGCAGAGACAGCGCGGGCCACUCCGGCCAAGAAAGAGCGAGCCACACCUGCAAAGAAAGAACGGGCCAAGCCCGCGCCGAAGACCGGCGAGAGCAGUGCCAGCAAGCAGCGGUCGCUCUUUGCCACACCAGAUCAAAGCAGGAUCAAGGCUGUUCGCCGCUACUUUGCCGGUUCGGCCGGAAAGCCUGCCAAGUCCAACGUCGGUCCUUCCGAUAUGCCAGUCGAGGAUCCCACGACUGGAUUCUUGGCAUUCGCCGACGACGAUUCCGACGACGCGUCUUCACCUCAGGAGGACGCAGCGACUCUGCAGGCGGAAAGCCAAUCCGACGACUCGUCUGACGAUGAGGCUGGGCAGGCAGACGCUCAAGCAGGGUCCGUUCCAAACGUACGCAGGCGAAAGCCGGAACCCAACCAAAGCCCCGCCCGCUCCAACAAGCCACAGCGCCGUCGUGCCGCACAUGCGGAUGAAAGCGAUGUGGAGUUGAUCGACGUCGAAGCAGAAGAUCCUCCAGCUCUAACCCGUGAUGCGCUACUGGAUGCCAUUCCCUACUCCCACUUCGAGGCUGUGCUCGAUGGGCAGACGCCCAACACCGUCGUCAAGGAGAACAAGAAACGUUCCAAGGAGACGCUCUAUUUCGGCCUCCGCCACGACGAGACGCUCUCCUUGCUUGGAAUUGGAUGCGUUCGCGUGCUCCGAGGAUGCGUUCAGAUCGGCGGCGCGGUCCUCUCCACCUCGGACGACGGCUUCCAAUCCGCCAAGGUGCAUGCGCCAAUCUGCAAUGCGCUUCCAGUGCUCAGAUGCGUUCCGCCAUCGCGCCUCCCCGGACACCAGGCAGCCGGCACAGACGCGUCUCAAAGCGAGGAUGCCUAUGACGCCGAGGCAGUUCCUCUCUUCGCUCAGCCUUUCGACGCCAUCAUCAAGCUCACGCCUCUGACUUCGCCCAUCACCGCGCUCGGUCAAGUUUGCCCGAUCGGCGGCCUCGCCACGCCCUUCUCGGCUCCUUCCAACCUGGAGCUCGGCAAUCUUCACCAGCUCGCCACCGUCAAGGUGCUGCUCGCCCCUGACGUAGACCAGCUCGCCAAUAGACAGAAGAGGCUCACCAGCACCGGUGCCUACCCCACGGCGGGUCUUAGCGCGACCUACCUCCCUCACGCGUGGCAGAAUGCGCUGCAUCGCCUGGCUACAUCGGCGCUGUCAGCUGCCCAACAUCCGCAGGAGGAGUCCGUCGUCGCCCUCAUUCGUGGCAAUCGCAAGGUGGGAAAGAGCACUUUGAGCCGCAUGGCUCUCGAGCGCAUCCUCUCGCUCGGCAGCAAUAUCGGCGGCGCAGUCGCCUACCUAGAGCUCGACCUCGGUCAAAGCGAUUUCGGUCCGCCGGGGAUGGUAGCCCUGCAUGUUUUCAAGCGCGACGACGCCUCUCUUGCUGACCAAGGUGCAGUCCAAGCCGCAAGCGAGCAUGCUACAUCGGGCACAGGACUGGACCAGAACAAUGUGAACGGCGACAGGCAAGUCGCUCGGGGUGCCUGCGUCACACUCGGACCAGGCUGGUGUCAGCCUCGCGUCCCAGCCCGUGCUCACUUUGUCGGUGAUGUCUCGCCGCGCGAUGAUCCGGAGAGCUACGUUGCGGCUGUCCACGAUCUCAUCGAUUACUUCCGCACCCACAUUCAGCCUGGUCAGGCCGAUGCCGCUGGCAUCCAGCAGCGCGUGCCGCUCGUCAUCAAUACGCAGGGUUGGAUCAAGGGGCUUGGCGCCGAUCUCGCCGCUCGGCUCGAGCCGCUGCUGCGCCCCACGCACAUCUUGGACGUGAUCCCGCGUGGAUCGUCUGGCAUCGUUCCUCCGCCCACUCGCGGCCCACGCUGGCUCGACAUCGAUGGCGCCAUCCUCGGUGCAGGCCCCGAGAUCGCCGCACUCGAGAGCGUUUCGCAGCUCGAGUUCGCUUCCUCCGGUCCGGCAGACGCCGAGCAAAGCAGCCGGCCAAGCGUCAGUGCAGGCACAUCGGAACAGACGGGCACAGGCGAUGGUGGUGCGACUCCUCCUCGCUAUGUCACCGAAGUGGCUUCCAAGCUUGCUCCUACCGAGGCUCGAUUGCUCACCUUGAUGAGCUAUUUGUAUGCUCAGGGGCUCGCCCCCGCGUCAUCCUUCGGAGCGGCAGUGCGGGGAACGUGGAACUUCACCGAGCCGCUGGUGCAUCGACUUCCGCUUGUCGUUGACGUGAACCAAGGACUCAAGGCCGGCAUUCGCGUGCUCGCCCUUGGCUCUUCCGUGCCGGAUAGCCUCAAGCUCAUGGCGAUCAACUCGUCCAUUGUGGCGAUCACGGUGUCUGACUCCGGCAGCGAGGCGGUUGACGACGACGUAGCUGUGGACGCAGCGCAGAAGGACGGCCAAGUGGUCAACACGUGGAAGCGGGCGUUCGACCGGGCUGCGCGCAUCGUGCAUUCGGGCGAGCGUCUCCGCUCGCGCUGCGUGGGACUUGGGAUUGUGCGUUCGAUCGAUGUGGAUGCGGGUCACGUCCACCUGCUCACGCCUGUCGACCCCGAAUUCCUGGGUGGGCUGAAGCUCGAGUCAGGAGCAGGACGAGCGAUCGGCCUCGUCAAGGGUGCAAUUGAGCUGCCCGUCUGGGCGUCGCUCGACCUUGAAGCGAUUCGCGAGGCGCGCGAGAGCCGACUCAACGUCGUGCCUGCCCUCGGCCGUCCGGGUGCGGCUGAGGAUGCCGAGGGUGGAGAGAGGCAGGCGUCGGACGAGCCGCUGCUUGCAGGCAUGCCCAGGAACCAAGUGCCAUACCUCGAGUGGCCGCACGUCGCCAACCUCGCACGUCUCAACACCAAGUCGAAGCGCGACACCGCAACCGACGCGCCGCUGCAGCUGGGAUCAGAGAAACGCCGUGUGCGCCGCAACCUCAUGCGCAAAAGCCAGUUUGCUUGA